UAGAGUGACACAAAAGUGUGUGUAAUUUGGUUAUCAAUACUCUAUCGAUAGUAUGUAGCCGUGUGGUGUCUGUGAUGUCAUCGUGGUCACGAACGAUGGAUCUCAGUCCACUUUUUGGUCGAGCGAUAGCAAGGCGCUGGCGCAAUCCAUCCAUGCCGACCCCCCCGCCCAUCGCGACCAAUAGGUAGACACAACGUCGUCGUCGGCGCUGGAUGCAGAUGAAUGUGUCAACGGAUCCAACCCGCCUGCGAUGCACAAGCCAAUGCCCAGGACAGAGCUCCACCCGACGGCGUGCACCACGCUGGCAGUGGUGCAGUACACGUACACGAGGGACGCUACCCAGCACGUGACUUCAACCAACGACCGAAGGAAGUGCGCGUUCCAGUUCUCGGGAAUGUGCGUCCAUCGAGACUGCACCGUGAGGCCGAGGCGACGUGUGGGCAGCCACAGGCAGAAUAACUCGCCAACGAGGACAUAUGCGACCCCCAUGGCAGUGGCCAGACCAGCGAAUUGCUGGAUGUCAUGCGUCGAGCCGAGGUAUACAUGUCGGAGGGAUUCCAAGGCCAUGGCACCAAAUAUGACGUUUUUGAUGAGAAGGACGUCGUCGCUGCUCGCCGGUUUGACCGACAUGCCCUUAUCCACAGAGAGAGGUGCGGGAGUGCCUACGUCAAAGCCCCAUCGUUGCAGCACCAACGCACUGUGGGGAUCUUGCUGGAUCCACUGAAACGCAGACUUGGCGCCUGCCACAAACACUUCAUCGCAAAUGGACAUGGCGAGUCCGACAGAGAAACCGAUUUGCGCCGCCCAAAGGACGUCGUGGUGUACGCUGUACGCGACGGCAGUUACGCUGGUCCAUACGAGCACUUCCAGGAACGACCGCAACGUCUCGGUCUUCCAAUUGAGUUGCCAACAUGUCCAUCGACGUACGAGGGAUGAGACUACAUGGAACCCCACCUGGAUCACGCGAUUGCUCGCCACAUCGAGGUAUAAUUGACUCGUGAGGUUUGGGUACUGCAUCCACGAGUUGAAGAAAGGACUUUGGGACAGGAUGUCAUCGCCGCGGGGGUCUUCGUAGAGGGUGUCGUAUUGGUUGUCGUCAUAGUCUGCAUCCAAGGUCGAGACGGCUUGCGCAUGGCUUUCGCUCCAUGCGCCAUCACACGGUACGCGAGGUUCGUCGGCGAUGGACUGAUGUUCUUCCAUAGCAAAACUUGCAAAAUGAAACGUUCUCCAGGCAAG